UGCAUAGCGCCUACACAUAUUAAUUAGCAACUGCGCAGGAGACGUCAUAACUACGAGCGAAACAAGGCGUCUAUUAUUUUGUAUUAAUCAUUUGUCAUUCCGAUUACACUUCUGUACCAGUAAACAUCAUUUUUCAUUUAUAAUCCUUUUUCUUGUGAUAAGUUAUUCUUAACUAUCCUUUUAUCCUGCCUAUACAUUGGUCCUUCGUGCCCGGAUUCAGGAUUUACGUUUUAGUGGACAGGAAUUGAUUAUUGAAUUGGUUUUUGAUCAAGGUCAGUGGAGGUUAAGUCAAGAAGAAAAAAGAUUGGAACAGGAGUGUGUCGUGAGUCGUUCCAGGUUUUAACUGCUGGCUCUGCAAAAUGUCCGAAAAAACCGAAGUAGCUGACCUUAUUAAAAAGCGCAGUAGUUAUAAGGGUCAAGUUACAAUUUUCAACGGGUUUUUAUCUUCAUUUGAAUCGCCUUCACCUCCAGAUGAAAGGGAUUAUGAGGAGUUGGAGUUGCGUAUUGGGAGGUUUGAUGCAUUAUAUAAUAAGUUCGAUGAGGUGCAGACCCGAUUGGAAUGUUUACAGGACAAUGAGAGUCAGGUGUUUGAGGAGCGUGAGGAAUUUGAAAAUAGAUACUAUAAGGCAUUAAGUAUUGCUCAGAAAAUUCUUUCAAAUUAUAAAAAAUCUCACAUUCCUCUUCCAUCUGAUGGCGAAGGUAGUGUCAUACAUGGUGUUAAACUAAAUCCUGUCAAAUUGCCUACUAUCAAGAUACCUAAAUUUAAUGGUUUAAUGAGUAAUUGGUUGGAGUUUAGGGAUACAUUUACCAGCCUGAUUCAUAGUAAUAACGAAAUUGAUGACAUAAAUAAGUUUCAUUAUUUGAGGUCAUCGUUAGACGGUUCAGCUGCUGUUGUUAUUUCGUCGAUCGAAUUUUCUUCGUAUAAUUAUAAUACAGCGUGGAAGUUACUUUGUGACCGGUUUGAUAACAAGCGUUUAUUAAUACAACACCAUGUUACUGCUUUAUUUAAUAUUGAAUCGGUUACUAGGGAAACAGCGUCUUCUUUAAAGACUAUUAUGGAUCAGUUAAAUAAAAAUCUUAGAGCAUUGGAUUCACUGGGCGAGCCUACGAAGCAAUGGGACACUUUGCUCAUUCACCUAAUGACUCAUAAGUUAGAUAGUAAAACUUAUCGUGAAUGGGAAGAGUAUAAAGGUCGUUUAAGUAAUGAAACGCGAAUUGAGCUUCAACAUUUCUUCGAUUUCAUGCGAGCUCAUAUUGAUUUGCUUGAUACACUUGAGUUUUCACGUCAGUCUCACCAAAAUAGUUGUAGUAGUGGUAGUAGCAGUUGUUCUAAAAUUUCAAAAGUAAAGGCUAUGAUUACCAAUCACAAAACCUUAAAUAAUAUUAAAGCUGACGAGAUUUGUCCUAGAUGUAAUGGGGACCAUAAACUAAACAUGUGUUCCCAGUUUUUAGCAUUAACUAACGAAGAGCGUAUUCAAUUAUUGCCAAAAUUAAAAGUUUGUUUUAAUUGUUUUUCAAAAUCUCAUUAUUCUAACAAUUGCAAAAAAUCAGGUUGCAAAAUAUGCAAGAAGAAACAUUCAGUUUUAAUUCACAUCACAGAUAAACAAAAGCUGUUAGUGCGUGGUGAGGGUAUUAGCUCUAAUACUACUCCCGUCAUCAGUAAUCCGGAUAACUUGACAUUAUCAACUAGCGUUUCUUCCGCUGGUCAAGACAGUAAUUGUCGCCGCGGAAAUUCAGUUUUAUUAUCCACUGCGCUAGUCAAGUUAUACGAUUCAAACAACCGCGAACAUAUUGUUCGUGUUGUAUUAGAUUCUGGUAGCACAUCUAGCUUAUUAUCGUACAAGAUGUUUCAACAGUUAAAUCUGUCGUAUAAUAAAAUUAGUCAAUCCGUUCAGGGUAUUAAUAAUGCAAUCACACAAAUCGAUAAAAUGUGUAUUCUGCGGUUUAAGUCAUUGGAUGACUCAUUUACGUGUAACAUUAAUUGUUUUAUUUUACCUUCGUUAACGGAUAGUGUACCAAACAGUACAGUUAAUAUAUUAAAUUUAAAUAUUCCUACGAAUAUUUGUUUAGCGGAUCCUCACUUUUAUAAACCCGCGUCAAUCGACCUAAUAUUAGGCGCUGAUGUCUUUUGGGAUAUAAUCGGAAACCAAAGAAUUAAAUUAGGUGAUAACAAACCUACUCUUUGUGAAACAAGGUUAGGUUGGAUAGUUUCAGGUCCGAUAAACAAUUCAUUUUUGUCAUCAUAUGCACAUAACCCUAUUCAAUGUAAUUACUUAAGUAAUAAUUAUUCAUUAAAUAAUUUUGAUUUAAAUCAAAGCAUUCAAAAUCAACUAACAAAAUUUUGGCAUUUAGAAGAAAUUAAUAGUUCAAUUUGUUCUAGUUACUCAUCAGAACAAAGGUCAUGUGAAGAACAUUUUGUAAAAAAAUACUACUCGUUUGUCAGACGGUCGUUUUUGCGUUAGAAUUCCAUUAAAGGAAAGUCCUACCAUUUUAGGCGAUUCAUUUCAGCGAGCUAAACAAUGUUUUUACUCUUUAGAACGUAGACUUCGCAUUAACCCAAAACUUUAUGAUAUGUAUCGCGAUUUCAUGACUGAAUACGAAUCGUUGGGUCACAUGACAGAGUGUGGGCUUAAUUCUAUUAAAAAUGCAUAUUUUAUCCCACAUCACGGGGUAUUGCGCGAAAGCAGUACCACCACUAAGUUAAGGGCAGUUUUUAACGCGAGCUCACUUACUUCAAAUAAUAUUAGUUUGAAUGAUAUUCAAAUGGUAGGUCCGACGGUUCAAGAUGAUCUUUUGUCUAUUCUUCUGAGAUUUAGACAACAUAGGUAUGUUAUCGUUGCUGACGUAGAGAAAAUGUACCGCAAAAUACUUGUUCAUCCUGAUGAUAGAUACCUGCAGCAUAUAUUAUGGCGAGACAACCCAUUUCAAUCCCUAAGAGCUUUCCAAUUAAAUACGGUAACUUAUGGUACCGCAAGUGCAUCAUUUCUCGCUACAAGAUGUCUGAAACAAUUAGGACUUGAAUGUCAAGACAACCAGAUAGCAGAAGUCAUUCUCCAUGAUUUUCUCGUCGAUGAUUUGUUGACUGGGGGGGAUGAUCUGAAUGUAGUGAGGAAUAUUCGUGAAAAAGUGACAACUACUUUACUCUCAGCUGGUUUAUUCUUACGAAAGUGGAAGUCUAAUGAGCCUCAAUUAAUUUCAGAGUCUGCAACAGAAGUUUCACAUAAUCUUAAUGUUGGGGGGAAUGAGCCAAGUAAGACUUUAGGUUUAGGUUGGUUACCUGUUUGCGAUGAUCUUUAUUUCCCAAUUGGGAUUUCUACUGCGGCAAACACAAAACGUAGUUUGCUUUCAGUGAUCUCUCAAAUAUUUGACCCAUUGGGUCUUCUCUCUCCUGUUGUUGUUAAAUUUAAAAUUAUAUUACAAAGUUUAUGGUUGCUGAAUCUAUCAUGGGAUGAACCUCUUCCUUCAGACAUCCAAGAACUUUGGAUGGAUGCUACUAAAAAUUUAAACGUUUUAAAUAAUUUACGGGUAUCACGUCAUGUCAUGAUCAACUCGUAUGAAGAAUUAGAAAUUCAUGUGUUUUCAGACGCUUCUGAAAAGGCAUACGGCGCCGCUUUAUACAUACGUAGUAGUGAUCGUAACGGUAAUGUAUUAGUUCGUUUAUUAACAGCGAAGAGUAGGGUAGCGCCCAUAAAACCAACUACAAUACCACGGCUCGAGCUUUGCGGAGCUCAAGUGGCUGCUAAACUAUAUAAAAAAGUUUGUAGUUCUUUAAGAAUUAAAGUUACGAAUUCAUUUUUCUGGACUGACUCUUCCAUUGUAUUAGGUUGGCUUAAGAUGUUGCCAAAUAAAUUAAAUACGUUUGUAAGGAAUCGCGUAGGAGACAUUUUAGAAAUAACCGGCGAUUGUGAAUGGCGACAUGUUCCUACCGCUCAAAACCCAGCCGAUUAUGUUUCCCGAGGAGUUAAGGUCGAUGAUAUUGAAUCGUUAGACCUGUGGUGGUCAGGACCAAACUUUUUGCAGAAGUCUUAUCGUGAUUGGCCUUCCAUUUUAGUACAAUGCGAACCGUUGCCAGAAAUGCGUAAUGAGGUUUCAUGUUUACUUAACAUUACUCAACCUAUAGAAUUUAUUAAAUUUGAACGUUUUUCAAAUUUUAAUAGACUACGACGUGCUAUGGCUUAUUUGUUUCGGUUUAUUGAAUCGUGUAAAGGUAAACGCGCUGUAACUAAUUACCUUACUGAAACAGAAUUAAGUUAUUCCCUUAAUGUCAUUAUUCGUACAGCUCAAAGAGAAUCUUUUCAAGAAUAUGAAUUUCUUUUACAAAAUAAAGAAUUACCAGUUAAAAGUUCUUUGUUGAAAUAUAAUGUAUUUUUAGAUCAAAAUAAUUUAAUGCGUAUUGGCGGUCGUAUUAGUAACUCACAAUUUUCAUAUGAUAAAAAACAUCCUUUACUAUUAUUGUCCAAACAUCGAUUAACGCAGUUAAUAUUUCAACAUGAACAUUUGAAACUUAUGCAUGCUGGGCCACAGUUAUUGUUAUCCUCAAUAAGAGAAAUGUAUUGGCCUAUCGGUGGCAGAAAUUUAGCAAAAAUUACUUAUAGACGAUGUAUCCGGUGUACCCGCAUGAAAGGAAAGAUUGAAGCUCCUAUUAUGGGUAAUUUACCCCAGCGUCGAAUAACUCCUGGUAACUAUCCUUUUGAGUCUGUUGGCGUGGAUUAUGCAGGUCCUAUUGCUUCUGUUAAUCGUCAAGGUCGAGGCUCUCGUAUUGUCAAAGUUUACAUUGUCAUAUUUGUAUGUUUUACUACUAAAGCAUUACAUCUGGAACUAGUAGGUGAUUUGACAAGUAACAGUUUCAUUUCUACUUUUCGUCGAUUCAUUGCUCGUCGGGGUAAACCAUUGCACUUAUAUUCAGAUAAUGGUACGACAUUUGUUGGGGCUUGUAAAGAUUUAUCUAAUUUCUUAAUGCGUAAUUCUGACUCCCUUGCCGCUGAUCUCAUUAAUGAUGGCGUAAACUUUCAUUUCAUACCCGCUUAUUCACCGCAUUUUGGUGGGAUUUGGGAGGCAGCAGUUAAAUCAACGAAAUAUCAUUUAUUGAGGGUAUUAGGGAACUCUAAAUUAACUUUUGAAGAAUUGUAUACAGUUUUAACGCAAAUAGAAGCCAUACUGAAUUCUCGACCACUCACUCCAUUAUCAACGCACCCUGAAGAUCUAACUCCACUGACCCCUGGACAUUUUUUGAUCGGACGUCCACUCACAGCAAUUCCAACUGAAAAUUAUGUAGACCACAAAUAUACUCAUCUUACCAGAUUUAAAAGAAUUGAGCAGAUUCGUCAACAUUUCUGGACACGAUGGAGCAAGGAAUAUAUUUCGGAGCUUCAGAAACGGACAAAAUGGCUAACCCAAGCAAAACCUUUGCAAAUUGGUUCCCUUGUUUUGUUAAAGGAGGAACAUUUGCCACCUAUGAAAUGGAAACUUGGUCGCAUCGUAAAGCUCUUUCCUGGUGCCGAUGAUGUUGUUCGUGUUGCAGAAGUUAAAACAUCUACUGGAAUCGUGAGACGAUCAUUUUCUAAGAUUUGUCAAUUACCGAUCAACGAAUAAGUUGGUUGAAGCCAAGCCUUCAACGCCUGGGGGCAUGUUGGUGCAUAGCGCCUACACAUAUUAAUUAGCAACUGCGCAGGAGACGUCAUAACUACGAGCGAAACAAGGCGUCUAUUAUUUUGUAUUAAUCAUUUGUCAUUCCGAUUACACUUCUGUACCAGUAAA